ACGGGGUAGAAGAGGAGACAAGUCAGUGGCUAGUAGGUGCGGCUGCGCAUGCGGAGAUAGAGAGGAGGAACGGCGAUGGCUCGUGGAGAAGGAGCGGUGCCGGUGGUGCGUGGAGGAGAGGAAAGGUAGACAAUGGGUGCUGUCAGUGGAACAAGUUUGUUUUCGCCACCCAUCCCAAUUGAGUUAUUUGCCUUUUUUCUUCAAGCACUAUUUACAUAUGGGAUACUAGUCAUUGCAAAUAAUGGAUGGCUGGUUUUAAUUGAAAAGUUUGAGACAACAAGGUUAUUUAAAGUGACAAUUGGUUGAUUAAAGCUGGAUUAAUUUACUUUAAUUGCGUUCGGUAGCUGAGAGAAGAUUUCUCUCGUUUGUCGCGCGUAUACUUUUCGAACUAUUAAACAAUGUGUUCUUUUACAAAAUCUUUUUAUAGGAAAGUUGCUUUUAAAAAUUAUAUUAAUUUAACUUUUAAAUUUAAAAUAGUUAAUACUCAAUUAAUCAUGUAUUGAUGAUUCAGCUCGUUUUACUUAUUGACCCAUCUUCUCUUUCCCUUCUCUCAUAAACUUACGGAAUCAUUGCGUCGAGUAUCUUUGCCCCUUCCCACCAGCGCCAAGAAAAACUCCAGUCUCGUCUCCGCUCCUUGCACCUGCGGCCAGCGCUGAUCUCCAUCCAUCUCGCGAGCAUAGCGGAGCCGGAGCGGAGCAGGGGAGGGGCGCCUUCGUCCUACUGCAUCCUGGGAGAGAUCAGGGCAGAGAAUCAGCAUGAUGAUGGAGACUGAACUAUGCUCUUCCCGGGUUCUGUCUCUGCCUCGGUACGAUAGUGGAGAUGAGGAGCUCUCAGUGCUUCCUCGGCACACAAAGGUCAUCGUCACUGGGAACAACCGAACAAAAUCUGUCUUGGUCGGUCUACAAGGUGUUGUCAAGAAGGCUGUUGGUCUAGGAGGUUGGCACUGGCUGGUUCUAAAGAAUGGUGUAGAGGUGAAGCUGCAGAGGAAUGCUUUGAGUGUCUUGGAACCUCCAACUGGUAACGAAGACGACGAUGAUAUUGACGGCAACAAUUCAUUCUGUAGCAGUUCCGACAUGGGAGACAAAGACAUGGACUAUUUAGCGAUCAUAGAAUACCAUAAACCAACAAAGCCAAGAGUUCGGCAUACAAGGCCCUGGUCAUCCUGUACAAAAUCCAGCAACCGAGGCAAUUUUCACCCCAGUUCAAUAUUGCAAACGAGAGUAAACCUGACAAGACUCGGAACUCCUACCCUGUGGAGAUACUGGAAGCACUUCAAUCUUGUAAGCAGCCUGGAUCCAACAAACCUUACAUUUCAUUUCCAUGGUCUAAUGCUGAAAAACUAUGCACAGGUAAGCAUGAACCCCGAUCCAUCAAAGGAACAGCUCUUCCAUGGGGUCCAGCAGCAUUUUCAGUCUCAGCAGCAGCAAUUGGAUGAGUUGCAGGUGAUUCUGGGCUUCAUCCAGGCAGCAAAGAGGCUCAAGACCCUGUACCACUCCUAGCCUGUAACAUCUCGGUGUGUAGAUCUCAACAAAUUAGAUUAGAUGUCUCUAUGUAUGUGGUUAAAUUAAUCUUAGCCUUGAGAGAGCUGAACAGAAAGGAGAUAGUAUAAGAGGUGCAUUCGAUCAGUAAGUAAUUCUUUUUUACUUUUACCUGUAAAGAGUUUAUGUAACCCCAGUCACAGUGUCAGCAACUACUGACCUAUCACCAUCAUCUAAAUACUACUCCCUCCGUCCUGUAAUAUAAGGAUUUCGAUAUUUUACUUGCA